ACCAUCUAACCUGAAAAUCCAAAACAAACGUCAACAAUCUGACAGUCCAGUGGAUACUGAUAAAUAAACAAUAAACUAAUUAUUCUGAUUCUGAUACAGGGUAUAAUUACCCUAUCGUGAAAAAGUUGAAGCGGUAAAGAAUGAUGGACUGCGAUGAGGGACCAGACAUCCCUAAAUAUAUUAUUUCUAUGAAUAAUCAGAAUUUGGUUUUUCAACAAACAGAUUUAUUUCCUUCUGCUUUUCCCUGUAUGGAGGAGAUUAGAAGACAGGGUCGUUUAUGUGAUGUUAUCCUUAAGGUUGAUGGACAGUCAUUCAGUGCCCACCGUAUUGUCUUAGCAUCCACUAUUCCAUAUUUCCAUGCUAUGUUUACGAAUGACAUGAUUGAGUCUAGAAGCAGGGAGAUUGAAAUGCAAUGUAUUGACCCUACAGCCUUGGAAGCUCUCAUUAAUUUUGCAUAUUCUGGAAAAGUUACUCUAGAUCCCAGUAAUGUGCAAAGUAUUAUGAUAGGUGCUUCUUUCCUACAGUUAUCAAAAGUUAGGGAUGCCUGUGCAAAUUACUUACUACAAAGGUUACAUCCUCAAAAUGCAUUGGGGUUUAGGGAUUUUGCGGACUCCUUGGGAUGUAAUUCAUUAGCUGAAUCUGUAGAUAAAUAUGUAGAAACAUACUUCCAUGAAGUUUCACAAAAUGAGGAGUUUUUGAACCUACCAGUGACGGACGUGAAAAAACUGUUGAAGAAAAAUGAUCUCAGGGUUGAAAGUGAAGAACAGGUUUUUGAAGCUUGUAUGCGUUGGGUUAAGUAUAAAGAGAAUAGAAAGGAUUAUUUACCAGAAUUAUUGGCACUAGUACGUUUACCCCUACUUUCCCCUCUUUAUCUAACUGACAGAGUGGCAUCAGAGGAACUUAUACGGUACUCUUUUCAAUGCCGUGAUCUAAUGGAUGAAGCUAGAACAUUCCACCUCAUACCAGAGAGAAGAUCUCUGAUGCAAAGUUUCAGAACGAAACCAAGAGCUUCCGAUAUCAACGGUUUUAUUUAUGUUGUUGGAGGUCUUAAUCGACAUGGUGAUUCUUUGAAUGAUGUGGAAUUUUUUGAUCCACAUACCAACCAAUGGCAAUUGGCUCCUUCUAUGACAAUGCUCAGAUCUAGGUUAGGAGUUGCAGUGCUAAAAAGUCGACUCUAUGCAUUUGGAGGUUAUAACGGGAAAGACAGGCUUUCAAGUGUUGAAAUGUAUGAUGCUGUGAAAAAGGAGUGGUCUCUUGUAGCUCCCAUGCAGUGUAAAAGGAGUGCGUUAGCUGCGGCUGCCCUGGGAGAUAUCAUUUAUGUGUGUGGAGGAUAUGAUGGAGUUACUUCAUUGAGUUCUGUCGAGAUGUAUCACCCCAAUACGAAUACAUGGUGUUCCUUGACACCAAUGAACAAAUCUAGGAGUGCCAGUGCUGUUAUCUCGUGUCAAGGUUUUAUUUACGCCUUGGGAGGCCAUGAUGGUUUGUCGAUAUUCGAUUCUGUUGAAAGAUUUGACCCAAACACUAAUACUUGGACUGAAGUUGCUCCAAUGCUGAAAAAGAGGUGUCGUUUGGGAGUUGCGGUUUUGGGUGGAAAAAUCUACGCCUGUGGUGGUUAUGACGGAAGUUCAUUUUUAAGAACGGUGGAGAGGUAUGAUCCUGACACUAACAAGUGGACUUUCGUAGCUUCAAUGAAAUUUCAAAGGAGCAGAGUAGCUUUAACUGCCAACGCCUGUAAGUUGUGGGCUGUUGGUGGGUAUGACGGUAUUUCCAAUCUUGUCAGCGUGGAAGUAUACGACCCGAAGACUGACUCUUGGAAUUUUGCUCCCGACAUGAUCGCCCAUGAAGGGGGAGUCGGAGUAGGUGUUAUAGCUGUGCCAUAAUCGAUUACGCAGGUUCUGCAACCCUUAAUGCUGUAAUAAAUUUGAUGUGACGAAUAUUUGAAUUAUUUCACUGCAUUCUAUGGGCAGGACUUGAGUUCUUACUUUUCCAAUAAAUUUAUUUGCUCAACGGAAAUUUCUGAUAGGUUCUACGAUAAGUUUCAAUACUGCCAAUAGACUGUGCUAAAGAUUGUUUUUCGCUGCAGGUUCUAUGACAGUCUAGUAUUAUUCCACUGAUCAUGUACAUAUUUCUAUUUUGUACUUUUUUUUUGUUGAAUUUAGUAUUCGAAGUUCGUUUCAUUUGUAAUGAAAUAAGACGAAGGUUAAAAUCUUUCCAAUUCGGAAUUUUAGUCUAGAAUAUCGCUGGAUUAGUCUAGUCUGAUGUUGACCAUCGGAAUAAAUGUGAUAAUUUUCAAAUGUAUGUAAUAUUUACGGAAUUGUAAAAUGUAUGAGAUUUUCCAUAUUAUUCGGGGGUUCUGUACAUUGAACGUAUUUCUCUGCCUCUGGGAAUGAUCUUUGCUUUCUGUUUGCUUAUCGGAUCUUGAACAUCUGAAGAAAACUGUGAAAAUAUGUAAAUUAUACAUAUUUUGUAGCCAAUAAAGGGAUGUUUUUUA